UCAUGCUGCUGCGAAGUCCAGAGUCUCUCAUGGGUCCCUGUACGGCCUCCCAUUGCUGCUGUCUCCAUCGCCACACUCUGCCAUGUGCCACUUUCAGGUCUCCUCACACACUGCUGGUGUGUUCCAUUUUUUGUCAUAGGGUGCUGGCAGAUUACGGGCCUCCCAUAGCUGCUGCCAGGCCCCUAAUCUGCCAUGGGCCCCUAUACCGCCUCCUCAUGCUGCUGCCAAGUCCAGAGUCUCUCAUGGGUCCCUGUACGGCCUCCCAUUGCUGCUGUCUCCAUCGCCACACUCUGCCAUGUGCCACUUUCAGGUCUCCUCACACACUGCUGGUGUGUUCCAUUUUUUGAC